CUAACAAGGAGGACAACACAAACCCUUAAUGCCAGGGCGUGUCUGCUCUACUGUUCCCUCUCCAACAGCGGUCUCUCGGCUGCCCAGUGCCAGUGCCACGCGUCUCAUGGCCGGCGUGUGGCUUCUGUCAGCCUUGAUCGUCAGCUCGGUGUACCGCUCCAACCUGAAGGCCAUGCUGAUCCUGCCGAUACUGCGCCUUCCCUUCGAUAACAUGGAGGAGCUGUUGGAGACUAACAUCCCGACCUAUGUGGCAGAUGGCACGAUGCUAUACCAGGAGAUGAUGGCAUCACCUCCUGACUCCUCCCUGGGUCGCCUUCGUGCGCAGGCAGUGACGUACUUGGACACCCCACGUGCUAUCAGGGAACUCAGGCUGGGCUAUCAUGCGACCUUCGCGAGCAAGGCCAUUGGUCAGUCUGUCAUCCACCAGAUCUUCGAGCAGACCAAGAGCUGUCCACUCUACACAGCCAAAGAGCGAUACUGGGACGCUACUAGUGUUGCCUUGGCUUUUCCAAAAGGCUCUUCACUCAGACCUAAGAUAGACGAGAUACUGCGGCGUCUGGCGGAGUUUGGCAUCCUGGAGCACCUCCACCAGGAGGAGAUCAGGCACAUGCGCAAGUGCCAGAUGGAUGACUUCACGAGGCCUAGCGACGCCCUCCGCCCUCUGGACCUUGGAGACUUCUACGGCAUCUUCAGCGUUUAUGUUGAAGGUCUCCUGAUCUCGCUCCUCGUGUUCUUGACCGAGUUCCUUUUGGGAAGGAGAGCACGGCGGGUGCGGCCGUGA